AUGAUAGACGAACAUAGUAGCCGAUCUCUAGCAGUCUCACAGUUCUUCAACGCCUUCGGAGAAUGUGGAAGUGAGAUGGAAUAUGUCUUGUCCUCUUGCGCUGGUAGAUUCAACACAUCUGGACGCAGAGCUUCUGGGUAUGUGGUGCAAUCGAUCGAUGGUUCUUGUGCUUUGCAGCUACCUGAUUUGAUCGAGUGCAAUGAUAUUCCUAAUAACAGAGAAGAAAUACCGUCACCUGAAGUGGCACAAUCUUUUACACACUUGAAGGAUGUCGCACACUUCAUACCACAAGUAGAUGAACGCAUCAACAUAGAGUUACUGAUUGGUCGUGACCUCAUUAUGGCACAUCAUGUGUUGGAUCACAGAAUUGGGAAAAACGACUUACCUUAUGGACAACAAUUGCCACUUGGGUGGGUUAUCAUUGGAAACGUCUGCCUCGGAACAGUUCAUAGUCCGGACGUUGUCAACGUCAACAAGACCGCCAUCUUAAGUAAUGGGCGUCCCACCACGAUGAUUCCGUGUAAUAGUGAGAUCAAGAUUGACUUUGACUCAGUUUUUAGAAGGACUGAGCAGGAUGAGAAGCCAGGAUUGUCAGUUGAAGAUAAAGACUUCCUCAAGAUUAUAAGUUCUGGAAUACAGAAAACAGAUCAAAGACAAUGGAUGACUCCACUCCCUUUCCGAUCCACACGGAGAACGUUACCAAACAACAGGGAAGCAGCUGAACGACGUGCCAGAUUCUUUGACGCAAGUCUGAAGCACAAUGAACAAAAUCGUCAGCAUGUCACAGACUUUAUGCAGAAGUUAUUUGAUAAUGACUAUGCAGAAAAGGCCCCAGCGUCGGAUGAAGGAAGUGAAUGCUGGUAUCUGCCGCUCUUCGGAGUAUACCAUCCCAAAAAGCCAGACAGCAUAAGAAUGGUUUUUGAUUCUUCAGCCAAGUUCCACGACGUAUCUCUUAACGAUGUGCUGCUCAAAGGACCUGAUCUUAGCAACAGCUUGCUAGGAAUUCUUAUGCGAUUCAGAGAGGAAGCUAUAGCUGUGACAAUGGAUGUAGAACAAAUGUUCUAUAAUUUCAAAGUAACCCCCGAACACAGAGACUUUUUGAGAUUUUUUUGGCACGAGGAUAAUGAUCUUAACCGCCCACUCACAGAAUAUCGUAUGACAGUGCACGUCUUUGGGAAUAGUCCCUCUCCCUCCGUGGCCACUUAUGGUCUCAGAAAAUCAGUGGAACCAUCCAGCGAUGUAAAGGAACUCAUAAACAAUAAUUUCUACGUUGACGAUGGGCUAUUGUCAUGUAACAGUGAAGAAGAAGCCAUCAGCCUCGUACUCAGGACCAAGGAUGCACUCAACGAAGGAGGGAAGUUGAGGCUCCACAAAUUUGCCUCAAAUAGCCGAACACUCCUCGACUCAUUUCCGUCAGAGGACCUAGCCAAGAACCUGAAGGAUCUCGACCUUGGUACAGCAUCACUACCACUACAGAGAAGUCUAGGACUUCUAUGGGAUACCAAUUCAGAUGUCUUCCUAUUCAAAGUAUCAGAAGAGCAGAAACCGUUCACCAAACGUGGAUCAUUGUCGAUCAUCAAUAGUAUUUACGACCCGAUAGGUUUUGCACAACCAGUUAUAAUCAAAGGCAAGAUAUUGCUGAGAAACAUGAUCUCUUCCUCAUCAGAGUUGGACUGGGAUGACCCCUUACCUGACUCUCUCUACAAGGAAUGGAAAUCUUGGGUGCAGUCGUUGCCGGAGUUGGAGGAGUUCCAGAUUCCCAGACAGUAUAGUUCCCAGUCAUUUAAAGGCGCACAGAAGCGAGAGGUGCACAUCUACGCAGAUGCAUCAAAAGAAGCCAUUGCAGCAGUCGCAUUCUUAAAGUUGUAUGGCAGCGAUCCAGAUUCAUGCACUACAAGCUUUCUUAUGGGAAAGGCAAAGGUUGCUCCAUCUAGUGGACACACAGUACCUAGACUCGAGUUAUGUGCUGCUGUUCUAGCGGUUCAGUUAGCUGAUGUCAUUCAUGAGCAGUUGAAGAUAGACAGAGAAGAUUUUUCUUACUACUCUGACAGUUAA